UGGGGGGCUUUGGAAGACUUUGAUGUAAUAAGUGGCUACAAAACUGAACGGACUCUGGGUCGUGGCUUCAUACGCUCAUUCGGUCCAGACGAAAGAGCUCCUGCACUCACAGUGGACUUCACAAUGUGCUCCUCCUUGGGAAAGCUUCUCCUUCUGUCCGCCCUGUGCCUGGCAAGCGUGGUGCUGACAGCAGCCCACCGACCCCGACGCAUGGUGGGGGGCUCCUUGGCUCGAGAUGUGCCUUGGCACGCAUUCGUGCGUCUCGGCGACACCAUAUUUGACGGCGGCUUCGGAGGCGGGGCGCUUAUUUCUGAUCGCUGGAUCCUCACCGCCGGCAGGAAUGUUUUCGUCAACAAGAGCCGCCAGACCAACAAGGGGCAGAACUACACCAUUCCCAGGGUGUACCUGGGAGUCUCCGAUCGCAAACUGGUAGAUUCCUCCAACGAGGUGUUGGUGGAGAAGGUGGUCCUGCACCCGGAAUUCCAGAAGACCUGUGACUGGGACAACGACCUGGCGCUGAUCAAGCUGAAGGAACCGGUGGAGUACAGCAUGACCGUGAUGCCCAUCCCGCUGCCCGAGAGAGGUGAGGACCUGGCCGAGGUGGUCGGUACCCAUGGCCUGGUGGCAGGCUGGGGUUGGGGCGUUCACCUCACCUUCGCAGACCGCCUUAAGUACCUGGUACUCCCAGUGGCCAAGUUCGAGGCCUGCCAGAAGGAGUAUAAUGAGGGCAGCGGGAGCCUCCCCGUGGUGGACGGGAGGGUGUUCUGCACGGGACCCAGCACCUUCACGGAGAACGUGUGCUUCGGGGAUGGUGGUGGCGCCUUCGCCGUCCGGGACAGUACCACAGGCAGAGUGUAUGCUGCCGGGAUCCUGUCGUAUGACAAGACAUGCACACUGAGGACACACGCCGUCUACAUGAAGCUGUCUGCCUACCUGCCGUGGAUCAACAGCGUCAUGAGAGAGGACUCGGAAGUGUACGCUGACCUCCGCACCAAAUACUUCAACAAAAUGUACUCGCUACAGGUCCCCAAUUAACUGUCCUUCCAGAGCAAGCUCUCGGAGAGGCCCGUCUCCACACGAGACACAACGAAAAUUUCUAUUUCAAUGUCUGCUGCAUGAGGAAUGUGUGAAUUCUGCACAGUGAUCGAGCCUCAUGAGAACCGGAGAAGGGAAUCCUGUCAGCGGCGACUCAGCGGCUCUUUCCAAUAUUGAGUGACCAAGUCAAUAAAGAGCGAUGGUCUCACCCAUACAUACACACGUGUUCUCUUAUUACCUGAAUCCCAGCAGCGCACCACCUUUGUCAAGUAAAGCCAUUACACAACUAUU